ACGUCUGCGCAAAAGCCGGUAGUGCGAUUAGUGACAGACGAUAUUUUGUACCGCUCAUACCAUCAUAGCAACCCGUUGGUGGUAACCGUUGUUUGGAUAGUGCGCUGGGCGAUGUACCAUGGCGUUUGCAGGCAAUAUUCAGACGGGCCGGAAAAACUGUGCUUCAACGCAGUUUCCAUUCAAAUUUAGUGCAGAACAGGCGGCUGGGCUCGUGGAGGACAGUAAUGAGGAUCCUUUCUGUACGGAGUAUGAUAACAAUUUUGUGCCUUUCAACAAUUACACCAAACCAGUCCUGCGGCGGGAUCAGCUGAGGGAGGUGUACAAGGAAAAGUUGUCGCGAAUUUUGACGAAAAAUGCGAACGAACAACUGGAAACCAUCCACCGGCAGGAGGAGGAGCGGAAACAGCUGAGAAAACGGAAGAAUUAUUAUAUGGCAAAAGAAACUGGGCAGGAUCCGCAGUACAGUCUGCAGCGAACGGAUGAUGUGGUAACGUUCUGGAGCUACCGUGGCCGGCGGAAUGCUAAUCAUCGCCGCAAUAACGAUUUCACUAAACCGCAGGAGGAUAAAUUGGAUGUGCAGUUUGAAUAA